AUGGCAACACGAAUUGGUUCUUUUGACACAACUCAAAUGGAGAACCUUUACACCCCGUCGAAAAUUCACUCCCAGCACCAGCAACCCGGUUCAAUCUCAAAGGUCAGAGUCAUCAUCAGAGUCCGGCCUUUCCUCCCUCAUGAAAUUUCCUCAACAAAUGCCUAUCCCAUCUCUUGUAUUUCUCUUCUUAACUCGGAAUCUGAGACAUUUGGUGAUGAAGUUACUGUUCAUCUCCAAGAUCCAGAAACCAGUCGAAAUGAGUGUUACAAAUUGGAUGCAUUUUUUGGGCAAGAAGACAAGAAUGUGAGCGAAAUUUUUCAGAGAGAAGUGAGUCCUUUGAUUCCAGGAAUUUUUGAGGGCUAUAAUGCAACAGUUUUUGCUUAUGGGGCUACUGGAAGUGGAAAGACUUACACGAUGCAGGGCAGUGAUGAGCUACCAGGUUUAAUGUCACUUUCCAUGUCCAAUAUUCUGUCUGCAUGUGAGAGAACAGGAAGUACCGUUGCAAUAUCAUACUAUGAAGUGUACCUGGACCGAUGUUAUGAUCUUUUAGAACUUAAAGAACAGGAGAUCGUGGUGUGGGAAGACAAAGAUGGUCAUGUUCAUCUUAAGGGGUUGGCUCAAGUUGAAGUUAACUCAAUGUCUUCAUUCCAUGAGAUUUUCUCUUGUGCUCUUCAGAGGCGAAAGGUUGCACGUACAGGCCUCAAUGAUGUAUCUAGCAGGAGCCAUGGGGUGCUUGUGAUUACAAUUUCCACCCCUUCUCGUGAUAGUGUUGGAAAUAUGAUAACUGGGAAGCUAAACCUCAUUGAUUUAGCAGGAAAUGAAGACAACAGAAGGACUUGCAAUGACGGAAUUCGUCUUCAAGAAAGUUCCAAGAUAAACCUGUCUUUGUUUGCACUCUCAAAUGUGAUUUAUGCACUAAAUAACGGCAUGUCCAGAAUACCUUAUCGAGAAAGCAAAUUGACGCGCAUAUUACAGGAUUCUCUUGGAGGGACAAGUCAUGCUCUUAUGGUCGCCUGCUUGAACCCAGGAGAGUACCAAGAAUCUGUUCAUACAGUUAGCUUGGCGGCUAGGUCUCGCCACAUUUCUAAUUCUGUAUCCUCAGCUCAGAAAAAUACGACUCCUAUGGUGAAAGUUGACAUGGAGGCUAAGCUUCGUGCCUGGCUAGAAUCAAAAGGCAAAACAAAAAGUGCUCAAAGAAUUGCUGGAUUACGUUCUCCAUUUACUGGUAGAACUCCUGUUUCUGUGAAUUCGGUAACGAAACUGAGUGCAAAUCUUCACUCCUCAGAAGCAAAGUUUGUUAGCAGCCAACGUAUUUCCAAUUUGAAACAGAGGGUUCCAUGCGUGGACAGUGGAAAUUUAUUUAACAAUGGAGAUUAUGUAGAUCCUUCUAUGCAAGCUCAAGACCUUGCUGCUGCUGAAACUAUGAAAGACAAGUCUGAUGCUCCAACUGAAGGGGGUGCAUUAGAAUCAGAUGAACCGGUGAACAAUGAGGAGAUGAAAAUAAUCAAUAGUCUCAACUCCAUUCAGUUGUCACCAGUUAGCAAGAGAUUUACAGGACUUUGUAGUCCUCAGAGAAAAGUUCUUUCUCCUAUUAACUCCAACGUGGACACGACAUAUUUGGUUCCUUCUGAUCCGAAGACUCCUAAGCCACAUUUCACUCCGUUAAAAGUAGAAAACAAAUUUCAAGGGGACUGCACCCCACUUGAUAAAUUUAACUCCCAGAGUUCUAACUUGAAGAGCUCUCUUGCGCAAGAGUACAUUGAAUUUUUGAAUGCAGCCAGCAGGGAGGAGCUCCUACAGUUGAAGGGAAUUGGACAAAAGAUGGCCAGUUACAUAAUCGAGCAAAGAGAAAUUAGCCCAUUGAAGUCGUUAAAUGACCUGGAAAAGAUAGGCCUUACAUCGAAACAGGUGCAUAACAUGUUUGGUAGGGCUGCAAGAGGAGUAUUUGAAUGA